GUGGAAAAGGGACUAAUCAAGUUGGAAUAUUGCAAUAUCGACAAGCAAAUUGCCGACAUCUUUACAAAGCCCCUGGGAAGAGAAAGGUUUGAAUUAAUUCGACUUGAACUUGGUCUAAUCAAUGCUUAAAAUUAAUUUUUCCUUUAUUCUUGAUGGAUAAGUGUACCCGAGGGUAUAUAUCCGAGGGGUUACUGUGGGGAGUAACUAGAGAGAUGUCAGAGCAAACAAGUAAGAGAGAGAAUAUGUAUUCAGUGUGAAUUCAGCGUAUUCAGAAUAUGGUUUACAAAGGGGAAAUGGGGUGCUAUUUAUAGUAGUAAUAAAUGCGAGACGGGGACACGUGUCAAGCAUCCAACGGCCGAGGGGUCACAUCAACCGGGUGGCACUGGCAUUCGCAUGUGGCCGCAUUUAAUGCAGCAGUUGGAUGUGACGUUGUACUUGGUACAGCGAUCCAGGCGCAUGUGGAGAGGAUAUUGUUGUCGAGGAAGGUACCCUCGGCUGUAGAUGAUUAGCCGAGGGCUCUUCUUGUCGAAGGCCCCUUAAGGCCGAGGGCUCCAGGUGCCGAGGACUACUAAUUUUCGCCUUUUUCUCCCAGUAGCUUUGUAUGCUUAAAAUAGCAUUUCUGUGAGAAUUUGGAGCCUUCGGCCAGGGGGCCGAAGGCACCCCUGUGUGCUCCGUGGGUUGCUUGGUACCCGGGGCGCUGCAAUUUGGGCCUGCUGUGCUUCCUGGGCCUCUUGGGCUUUUAUUAGGAUAGUAGGAGUCUAUGGGCCGGGGGUCCCUGGGCCAUAUACUCCAUCAGGAGUCCCUCACUCCUUUUGCCGAAAGGUAUUUGAGGGAAAAGGGGUAAUUUGUGCUUGUCCUCUGCCGUUGUUCCGUUGUAGCUUGUAAAGUUGUGAGGAGUUCUCUGUUUGAAAGUUUUUGCCGAAGGGAGUCCCUCAGUCCCCCACAUUUUGGGGAUCGAAGGGUUGUGUUGCUACUUUGGGGAGUUUUUGAUAUUUUGAGAUUUUCCCGAAGGGGUUCUCCAGUCCCCUACUCCUUGAGGCACUUGUGAAGUGGUGAAAAGGAGUAGAGUAUUGCCUGCUGUUGUAGGUGGCCGAAGGUUGACACUUUUCGUUUCAUUUUGGGGGGGUGCCUCGUUAAAAACCCCAUUAGAAAAAACCCUGUGGGAAAAAAUUCUAAUGAGGGAAAAAGAGUGCACCGAAUUCCCCCAAUGAUGAAUCGAUAAGGUGAAACCUUAGUCUGAGACUGACGACAGUGUUGUAGCCGAAGGCUAUCCUUGUCUGAGGGCGCGUGUGUUGAUUUGCCGAAGGCGCGCUGUUGAUAUCCCGGGAGAUGCCGAAGGGGAGUCCCUCAGUCCUUGGGGCUGAGGGCGUGUUGGAUGUGAGUGGUAGUUCUUGUACUGCCGAGGGGAUAUCCAAGACCAUCCCUAGAUCCUGCAUGAAAAAGCUGAGGAGCUUGUAAGGACCCCCCGUUGUCAAAUAAAGGUGACGGAGGGGUGCAAGGCCAGGUGGGCCUGUGUGAGAGACCCUAGCAUCUAAUACAGAUGCCGGAGGGAUGGAGACCGAGGGGCCUGUAUGACAGUCCCUCGCAUCAAAUAAAGAUGUCGGGGGGAUUAAGGCCGAGGGACCUUUGGUGAUGUGAAAUCACGCUAAGGCAAAAACCGUUGUGACGUAGAGUCACGCUGACGCCGAGGGGUUCCCUGCAAUUAUUGAUGAGGGGUUUUUGAAGUUGUAGCCCGGGGGUUCCUUGGUCCUCAAUGCGUUGAGGGCUAAAGGUUCCCGAGGGGUCUCCCCCUUGUGAAACCGGGGGCUCGCUUUGGUGAGGGAGUGCGAAGGAGCAACCCGAGGGCAUGUCUACUGCUUGAUGAAGGAGUGUUUGGCCGAGGGGGCCCCUCGGGUUCCCAGAAUAUGGCCGUUGUAAUAUGACCGUUGGAGAUGGAGUCCAUGUGGCACGUGGCUAUUGGCUACCUAUGGGCGGGCGUCACCGGUUGGGCAAUUUGACGGUUCAUAAUGAUGAUUUUUCCAUCGGGGGCCCAAUUUCCGGCCCAAUCCCGGAUAUGGGUGCCUAUAAAUACCCCAAGGCCAGGGGCCGUUCUCCUUGUGCGAUCAUUGUAGCGAAGCUCUGGCAAUUUGAUUUCUAGAGAGAGAAAAUCCCCCUCAGACAAAAUCAAAACUCCCCAAGGUCAGUUGUUCCCUUUGUUCUUGAGUUCCUUAGCAUUUAUUUUGCUAUUUCGCCCUUAGGCAAAGUGCUAGAGUUGUUUAGGAAGCCUCCGGUUUUAGAAACCCUUCUGCUUUAGUGUAAGAAAUGUCAUCCCAAAGCGAUUCACAAGACAUCUCGAGGGAGCCCUCGACUGAUGAUGAAGUGGUUUCCGAUGUGGAAUCCAUAAGCGAGCCCUCAACUGGCGAUGAUGCUAUUGUGGCUAUGGAGAUGCAGAAGGUCCUCGUCACCGAAGCCGAGGCCGAGGACUUCGAGCAGGUGAUGGAGGACGAGGAGCUCGCCCUCGCUGUGCAGACUGUUGAGGAAGAAGAGGAGAAGGAGAGAAUGAGGGUGACUAUCGUUGUUCUUCCCCCUCGCGAUGCCGGUGAAGCGAGUAGCUCCCGGCCGCUGAACCCGACGCCUCUUAGGGCGGCUCCCGAGAAGAAGAAGAAAACAAAGGUUGCCGCUCCCAAGAAGAAGGGCAGGGUUGUUGACCAAGGAAAACCCGUUGAUAUGCUCGAGGGCUAUUCUUUUCUGAACACCGCCGCCCUCGAGAUAACGUCGAAGGCUGACAGGGCGGAGUUCUAUGUCACCCAGCUGCAUGUGGGGCCUUCGGCGACGGUGGUGGAACCACGUCCCGAAGACGUCUUGUUCCGAGCCCCUGAAGGGUGUAUAGCAGUCCAUAUACUCUCGGUUUCCAUGGGCCUUAAGUUCUCAUUGCAUCCCUUCCUUCGGGAAUAUCUCAGGUACGUUGGCCUAGUCCCCUGCCAACUAAACCCCAAUAGCCAUUCAUACAUCACCGGGUUCUUGAAUCUCUGCCGGCUCAGGGGGUGGCCCCCAGUUUGGACUUAUUCUUCCACAAUUUCAAUCUCUGUCGGGGAGGCCACGCGGAUGCCGAGGGCUUCGGGAACCUGCAGCAGCUAGCUCAGUGGAAGCUAUUUACCGAGGCGCCCUCCUUAAACAAAGGGUGGAAGGAGCGGUGGUGCUAUGUCAAGCUAGACCAGAGUCCAUUCCCGAGGGAGCUGUGAAACCGAUUCAAGCGACAUGAGAAGGUGAGGAACGCCGCCCUUGAGAAAGAUGGCCUUAUACUCGCCAAGAUCCCGGAGGGGCAUAAUAAGAACGUGGCGAUCAAGGAGUGCACCCUCAAGAAGGAUCUGCAUGCUCUCAGGUUCCGACGGUACCGUUUUCUGGGGGGGACGGAUGAAAAGUACCCAAUCUUGGAUAGGGCCUUCGGGGGAGCGGGAGGUGCAAAUAUGAACACCGAUGCCCUCUUCGCCAUGAAGAAGAAGAAGGGGAAAGCCCCAUUUAAGAAGAAGGACCCUUUGGGCCAGCAGCUCGUUGAGGCCUUCUUCCAGAAGGAGAUACCGGAGCCCUCUGUUGUGGCUGCCGCCGCUGAUGUGGCCAGGGGGCACAAAGAAUAAGAAGGGUAACAAGGGGGUUGAGCCCCCUGCCAAGAUGCAGAAAGUUGCUGGGGAUGUUGCUGAGAAGGCGGCCCCCGUUGUGAUUAUAGAGGGUCGGUCCUCUGCUGAGCCCCCGGCCUGAGCCACACAGAUGGCCCCUUUCAACGACCCUUCGGGGGAAUUUUCUCGGGAGACCUUUCAGGUUCCCCUCGUCAAGGGGACUGCAGUGAUGUACGGCACAAUAGAGCCGAAGGCUUUUCUGGGGAGCAUCACCUCGGAUCUGGAUAGAAAGGCCCUCGGGACCUUUGAUGAUGAGGGCCUCGAGAACAAGAUCCUCCGGUCGUCGCUCACUGUAAGAACCUUCCCUUCGUCCAUGUUUCAAUACUUAGCAUGUGCUUGUCUAACCCCUUUGCUUGUUGCAUUUCAGGCUUGCAUUGCCUUCGGUGAGCAAGCUCGAAGGCUCGAGCAGUGGCGCCUCCAUAAGGCUGAGUAGGACGAGCAGGUGAAAGAGCUUGUCCAUAAGAAUUCUGGCGCCAUAAAGCAGAUGGCUCAAUUGGAGGAGGACCUUCGGCUAGCGAGGGCGGAGGCUGAGAGGGUCAGGGCAGAGAGGGCCGAGGCCGAGAGGAUCCAUGCCCAAGCCAUGAAGAAAGCCGCUGAUGAGGCUAAGGCCGCCGAAGGCGAGGCUGUGGCCAAAGCUCGAGAGGAGGCCGUCGCCGAAUUUAUCGCCGAGGGCUGGAGGGCCGAAGGCCGAGAGGAAUGGGUUGCUUCGGUGGUGAAGGCCUCGGUAGAUGCCUGGGUGGAGGGUCCUGGGGUUGACUGGAUGACCGAGAGGGGUGACAGCUAUUACCAGGGGUGAAUUUUUCACCCAGCAUCUGAUCUUCCGAAGGCUUUCCAGGCACUUCAAAGUUUCUCUUGAUGAAUUUGACCCGGCGGCAUACAGCCUCCCCCUCUGCAGCCUGAUGUAAGAGCCCCUCUCCCCCCGGGCGAAGAAAGACCAGUCAUUCAUGAUUCUAUGAUGAUGGGGGAGGAUGGUGAUGGCGGUGCUGAUGAUGAUGCUAUCUCCAAGCCUGCUGAAGAGGUUGCACCCAGAGCUGAUAAUGUCUAACUUGUACUUAGAGAUAUUUUUGGACAAUAUUUGUAACCAACAUUGUAUGUUUUCGGCUUCGGCCAUUGUUGUAAACAAACAUCCUUUGUAUUUUAAUGUUUCCCUCUGAUUGAAUGAAGUGCCUUCGGGCUUUGGUGUUUUUGACUUUGCUUUUCCCUUGAAUGUAUGCCUUCGUCUUUCCUUCGUGUAUGAAUGUAUGCCC